UGAGAGCAGUUGUUUUUAAUGGCACGUGCGUGAUUGCAGUGACAUGUUGUGUACUAACCAUCAAAAAAAAAAAAAUAGUGUGCCACAGUCCAGGAAAUAGAUAGUGGCAAUUGCAAAUCUCAAGGCUUCCAUGGAAUACAAAGCAGCGUAUUAUCCUUAACAGAUAACGUUUCAUUUUCCACCCAAAAACACAAUUGAGAGGAAAUAUUGAUGUCAUGUGUAUUUAGCGGCUAAUUAUAAAAGCAACAAUAAACAAGAAAUGUAUAAAUAGAACGUGAGCAGUAAGGUAAAAUUACAAACUUCAUUUUAAUUUUAAAAAUUCGGACAGAUUUAUGACAAAAGAUAAGCAAAAUGCCAAACAGAUGGACUAUUAGCUCAGUGAAUGAAAAUACAGCACAAGAAAAUGACUUUGUGUUUUGUAAUAAUAAUCUGUUUAUUCCAGUGAUUAGUGGCCAAUAUGUCAUCACUGUGGAGACUGCUCCCUUUUAAUCCUUUCCUGCAAAGUGUCCAUAUUCCCUGGUGCCAGGAUAUGAAACACCACAUGGCCAGCGAUUUAUCAGGGAACUAGACUCUCAAGAAUAUUCCUUAUUUUUCCCCACGUAAAAAAAAUUUACUGAAGCCUCUAUUUGGUUGAGAAAUCAAAUCAUCUGCUGACCAUUCGGUAAAAGCGGCUAUACUAACAUUUGUGGAGUUCCGCUAACACUGGCUUGAAUGAAGAUGGUUUGCAGUGGCUCGUAUCCCGUGGUGUCCUCUCAACUCACUCAAGAUGGCAGACAAACUUCGACAGAUAAAAGUCUCUGAUGGACGCAGUGCAGAGGACGACUUGCCUCCCCCUCCUCCUCCCCCUCCUCUCCCAAGACCACAACAGGAGGGUUUGACCACCUCAGGAGAUCAAGGACACAUCUUCCUGCCUGUGCCCCCACCCAAGGAGACCUUCUCAACAUUCUACCAACAGCGACAGAAAAGUGAGCUGAAAAGGCUCUUUAAACACAUCCACCCGGAGCUCAGGAAGAACCUUGACGAUGUUGUAGAUGAAGAGCUAGAAGAGGUGUUGAGUUCAGAAAACCCACAAGCAGCGGCUGAAUCAGGGUAUCAUGGUGAGGUCCAAUCCAUGCGAUGGAUAUUUGAGAACUGGAGCCUGGACAACAUUGGGGAUCCUCAUACCACUAAGAAGCUGCUAGAGGAAGAAGCCCUUCAGAAGGGAGAUGUCAGGGGCACCUCUACUAUGUUUGAGCGUCUAGAAUUAGAUGGUGCUCGCUUGCCUCCAAGCUCGGCAGCUUUGAAGAACAGUGAGGUGAAAGGAGAUGUCCGCACAGCAGCCUGGUUCUUUGAGACACAGCCUCUGGACUCCCUCAAUAAAAUCCACCCAGAGGAAGAACUAGUGGAGGCUGUGCUUAAGGAGCCCAUGCAAUGCGGGGACGUGAGGGGAACUCAGCUGCUAUUUGAGUCCAAGCCCCUGGAUGCUCUAGGUCGAUGCAACUCAGUUGAGGAUCAAAGCUUUUUCAAGUUGAAGUCAGAAAUUCAAGAACAAAAAGGAGAUGUGAAGAAAACAAUAAAACUUUUCCAGGCAGAGCCCUGCUGUGCCAUCAGGGAUGGCAGUGGCAACAUUCAUGAGAUCAAGUCUAUCUGCAGGGAAGAGAUUCAAACUAGCAUGGUCAAAACAGCACGUUGGUUGUUUGAAACACAACCGCUGGACGUCAUCAACAAAGAUGCAUCGAAGGUGCAGAUCAUUCGUGGUAUCUCAUUGGAAGAAGCCCAGAAAAGCGGUGUUGACAAAAAGCGAUGGUUGUUUGAAACACAAACCCUGGAUGCCAUUCAUGAGAGCCUCCAGGAAAACCAGUUUCAGGGAACCAUUAACGUUGUGGAAGCAGGGGACGUUGGGAACAAGAGACUGAUGUUUGAAACAAAGCCACUUUCGGAACUGAAAGGGGAAUCCACAGAGGAGGCUUCGACAAAAGAGGAGAUUGUUGGAGGGGACGUACGAUCCACCUUGUGGCUGUUCGAAACCCAGCCCAUGGAGACCCUGAAGGACAACUACGAAGUAGGGCACCUGAAAAAGGUUACUGUCACCGGCGAAGAGAGAGGAGCAGUGCAAAGCAGAAAAAAUACAUUUGAAUCCUGUGCCUUAGACAGUAUCAGCAAGGAGAUGACUGAGAUGGAAAGCAAAAGCAAAGCAAAUAAGAUUGAAAAGGGAGAUGUUAAAACAUACAAACACCUCUUUGAAACAAUCCCCAUUAGUAAUAUUUCUCACUCUGAUACCAUUCAGAGCGAGAAACAGGCCGACAUCAUGGGUGGCAAUGUGAAAAGCAAUACAGCGCUGUUUGAAACCAUCCCACUUUAUGCCAUUAAAGACUGUUCUGGUAAUUUACAUGAGGUCACAACAGUGAGCAGGGAGGAGUGCAUAAAAGGAGAUGUUCAAAACUACAAAUGGAUGUUUGAAACUAGACCUCUGGACCAGUUUGACAAGGAAAAGGUCAAAGUUGAGAUUAUUAAAGGCAUCACAAGACAGGAGGAUGAAGCAGGUGAUGUCAAGAUGGCAAAAUGGCUCUUUGAAACACAGCCUCUAGACAGCAUCCAUUCUCAGGUGAACCACACCAGUCAGCAUUCUUCAGUUAAAAAACAAGCGACAGAGAAGGGUGAUGUUAAGACGUGCAAAUGGCUAUUUGAGACGCAGCCAAUGGAUGUUUUAUAUGAAAAAUCAGAAAAGAAAGCUGACGUGGAAGCAUUGCCAACAGCUGAUGUGAAAUCACAUACUUGGCUUUUUGAGACGCAGCCUUUGGAUAGCAUAAACAACGGCACUGAGGCUCAUCUAAAAUUGUGCGGUACGUUUCAGGACAACGCAACAAGUGAUGUUAAUGUGCAGACAGUGAAGCACCUCUUUGAAACAGAAACUCUAGACAGCAUGGCAAGGAGGAGAGAUGCAGAGCAAGAUGUCAGAUACGUCAGUAAGAUCUACAUCCAGUCAGGAGAUGUUUCGCGAGUCAAAGAAAUAUUUGAGUCAAAGGCUCUCGAUGAAAUAGGAACGGGAUCUGUGAGGGUAUCAGAAUCUGAGGAUAACGAUACGAAUAUUCAGACAGGUUCAGUUCACAAGUUUACCUGGCUUUUUGAGAACACGCCAAUGGAUGCCAUUAAAGACAAAGACAGCAACACACACACAUACAGUGUUUGCGAUGUGGAAGGAGGAGAUGUUGGAAACAAGAAGUUCAUAUUUGAAACAUUUUCAUUAGACAAGAUUCAAGACGAAGACAAGGCACUAGAACACCAGUCUGUUUUUGUUGAGAAGCCUACAAGCAGCAUAGAUGUAAAGUCCAGUACAAUGUUAUUUGAAUCCCAGCCUCUGUAUGCCAUCAGAGACAAAGAUGGACAAUUUCAUGAAGUCACCACAGUGAAGAAAGAAGAGGUGUUGAGUGGGGAUGUGAGAGGAGCACGGUGGCUGUUUGAAACAAAACCCUUGGAUACAAUUAAGCCACAAGAAGAGAUCUUUGUUAUUCGAGCUGUCACUCAGGAAGAUGCUAUCAAGGGUGAUGUUAAGUCGGCUAGAUGGAAGUUUGAAACACAGCCGCUGGAUUCUCUUGCAAGCCGAGAGGAGCCCAGUGUCAAAACUGUGGAAAAUGUUCAAAAAGGUGACGUGCAGCUCAACAAACAGUUCUUUGAAUCCCAAGAAGCUUCUCAUAAAAAAUUUGUGAGGAUGGUCAGUGUCAAAGAUGUCCAGCAAGGCAACGUCAGGACAUCAACCUGGCUCUUUGAAAAUCAACCCAUUGACUCACUGAAAGGGGAGUUUCAGGAGCACGCCCCUGUGAAGACGGUGCAGAGAGAAGAUAACCAAAAAGGAGAUGUGAAACGGUGUACUUGGCUUUUUGAAACACAGCCUCUAGACACCAUCAAGCAGGUAGACCCAUCUGUGACCGGUGACACGCAGGAAGAGAUUCCCCAAGCAGACGUGAAGAGCACAACUUGGUUGUUUGAGUCAACUCCACUCGACAAGAUCAGUUAUCAAAGCCAGGAACAAUCAGAAACCGUUGCGGAGAGUGUGAAUCAGACGUUGCUUCGUCUCCAACAUUUAGAAGUUAUUCAUGCUCAUGGUAUUGUUAUUGAGGCUAACGAAACAAGUGCGGAAAGUGUGAAAAUGGCAAAAUACCAAUAUAUAAAAGGCAAAGGACCAAAAGUUCAAAAAGAAGAGAUCAUUCAAGGCAACAUAAGGAAUAUAAUGCUGCAGUUACUACACAGAACAAACCUUGAGCCUCCAAUAAUUCUUCUGAAAGAGGAUGAAAAUGGACACGUUGAGACCACUAGGGUGGAGAUUCCAGUUACGCAGCCACAGUCUGCUGUACAACAUGGAGAUGAACUCAUCAUGUCAAAUGUUGCUCAGAUCAUAGAGGGUCAUCUCAGGCAAGACAAGUCUCUGAAAAAGGGGAUUGUAAUGCAGGAAACUGAGAGUGGUUAUGCCGAGAUGACUGUAUAUUCACUUUUCAGUCACUAUGAAACCAGAUCAGAGCAUCAUGAAAUGAUAAAGGGAAAUGUAAAGUCAACCAUUGGCAGCCUACUAUCUACUGCCCAAGAUCAAAAGACACUUAGUUCAUUCCAAAUUGAAGAAAAUGAAAAAGGAAAUGUUAACUUGUACAGGAGUUGCAUUGAAAAAGGAGACCUCGAAUACCUGAAAAGUCUUCAGGAACAGCCAGAAGAUGAGAGUGGUCCACCACCGAAAGAGCAGAUUGAGAUUGUUCAAGGUGAUAUCAAGGAAGCAAAGCGAAAUCUCAAUCAACCGAAGGAGAAGUUGGAGCGAUCGGUCCUGGACAUUGUGCCAGGUGAUGUGAAGAAUGUCAAAAAAGUGUUUGCUUCCGAGGGCCCUCCUGACCAAAUUUAUGUUCAGAGGGAAGAAAUUAUUCCUGGAGAUAUUUCUUCAGCUAAGCAGUCCCUUGGUCAAGCAGCAAAGCAGCCCUUUGCAGUGGAAAAGGAAGAAAUCAUGUCGGGUGACAUCAAGGCUGCAAAGCAGUCUCUUGAGCAGGCAAAGCAGGAAAGCAUGUGGGUGCAACGUGAAAUUGUAAUGCCUGGAAAGAUCUAUGACUUGGAUGUCUCAACACAGGAAAUAUCCGAAACAUCUAAUCAAUGUGCUGCGUUCAAGGAAGAAAUCAUACGUGGAGAUGUCAAAGCAGCAAAGCAAUCAUUAGAACAAGCGAAGAAACAGAGCAUGCGGGAGGAACGUGAAAUUGUCACUCCGGGAAAAAUUUAUGACCUUAAUGUUGGCUCCCAUAAAGACUCUUCCUCAGCACAAACACAAAAUAACAGGACUGCAGACACUUGCUGUGGAAGGCAGGAAAUUACAAAAGCCCAUGAAGCAAAAGUGGUUAAAAUGGUGACAGAAAAACAAUGGUCACCUCAUCGAGCCGCUGACCAGAGCUUUGGAGAGAGCACUGCUGAAGGAAUAGUGGUUCAGCAUGGAACCAAAGAAAAACAACAAAUGGCCAAACAAGGAAAAACAGAAGCUGUCGCACAAGGACAGGUUACUGCUCAGAAGACUAUAACUGUCCAGCAAGGAAAAAGCCUGCAAACAUCUGCGCAGGUUUUGGAAAGAAAAGAAAUGUCCUCCGUCUCAUCAACAAAGACACGAAGCCAAAAGGUCACAUUCACCCAUCACAAGUUUCAGUGACUUACGGGGAACAGAUGGCGACUGCAGCGCUGCGUUCCACAACUGUAGCAGACCCCAGCCCUGAUG